CAUGUAAUUGUUUUAGAAUUAGGUCUUCCUUAAAAAGAGACAAAGCAAAAGACAAAAUUCAGUUUUCACAGGGAACGACCCUGUUGAGAAGGAUUGGUCUUCUUCGGAAGAAAUUUUUCAGGGAAGACAUCCAAAAGAGAGAAGUCUAGCGCAGUCUUUUUAGAAGGAGGCAACGCAACAAAUAGCAUUCAGUUCUCCCCAGGGAACUAAAAACAAGGCUGUUCAGAAAGAUUAGUUUACCUCACAAGAGAAUUUGAAGGGAAGACAAUCAAGGAGAGGACUCUAGCGCAACCAUGAAGCGUUUUGUUUUCUUCAUGAUAACUUGGGCCUUGGUGGCGGCAGUCCCUCGUGACAACCGAGCUCAGGCUGAAAACCAAGAUAAAGACCCUGACGUACCCAAAGAACUUUUCGACAACUCAAGGGAAUAUCCUGAAAAUAAUUUCCAUACUUUUGAAGACGCACCCGAAGAAGUUUUCGACAAUUCAAGGGAAUAUUCCAAAUAUAAUUUCCAGGCUUUUGAAGAAGACGUACCAGAAGAAGUUUUCGACAGUUCAAGGGAAUAUCCCGAAAAUAAUUUCCAGACUCCUGAAAGAAACGCACCUGAAGACGUUUUCGACGAUUCAAGGGAAUAUCCAGGAAAUAAUUUCCAGACUUUUACGGUAGAAGACGUGAUUAAAGAUUCUUUUGACAAACAGAGGAACCUUCACGAAGAUCAUUCUAGAUAUUAUUAUUAUUGGGAUACAAAUAACAUCGCUUAUGUAAAGAUUGUAGCGAUGACGGGCGACGCUUAUGGUGGAGGUCAAGAGCGUCGCUGGGGCGCAAAUCCAGAACUGGAGAUCGUUCUGAACAACGGCAUGAAAUAUCGAGCAGAGUUGAAAGGCGACAAGUAUAAAGGAAAAAGAUACGACACAGAAUUGUACGUCCACAGUGACUUCACACCGAAACUCGUGUGCACUCAUCAAGACAUCAAGAAAGUUUAUCUCAAGGCUCGAGGCAAUGAUGGAUGGUACGUAGAAUCGAUCGCUACCUACACCGCCGGAAGAAAUAAAAAGUACACCAAACUGACCACUGAUCCAGGCUUCAGUAUGUGGGUAGAUGGUAAUGAGGAACAUCUUUUCCCAUACAAUGCCAAAAAGCACCUCCUCACCAAUGCUGUUCCAGGAUCCUGUAUCACCUACAUACGUGUAGACGCAAGUACUGGGGACGAGGUAGGAGCUGGUUUCUCGAGCGAGUGGGGGAAGAACCACUUGAUAGUACUGAUUCUAUCAAAUAACCAGAAACUUCAGGCACAACUUGAAGGGCCUAUGAUACGAGACACAGCUUAUAUGCGAGAGUUACACUUUGCAAGCCGGUUUCAGACUACACAGUGCGUGACAUUAUCUGACAUUAAGGAAAUUCACCUACAAACUCAAUAUGGAGGAAAUGACGGUUGGUACAUAGCAUCCAUUCGCACGUCUGCUAAGACUGGCGAUAAGCAGUACGAAGAUCUGACAAAUGAUCCGCGCCUCAACAAGUGGCUUGAUGCUAAUGAAGAGUACAAGUAUCCAUACAAUGCCAAAGACAUCAAACUAACANAUUCGUUCCCUUGCGAUCCGCCAUCUUGA